GUAAAGCAUACCAGUUGCUAUAAUACUUUUUGAAAUUCUGUCAACAUGACUGACGUUGACAUCAAAAUAAUCAAAAGAACGCAAGAGACUUUAGGGAAAAUAAUUAAGAAACCUGUUCUCACGGAGAAACUUUUAGGCAGGCCCCCAUUUCGUUUCUUGCAUGAUAUAUGCACAGCAGUUAUCAGAACUACGGGUUUAAUGAAAGGCCUUUAUAACCAGGAAGAACUGAACGCUGAUAAUGUUAAGGAUAAAGAUAAGAAACUAGCGUUUCUUCAGAAGCUGGUAGAUUUUUUGGCCGUUGUGCAUGGUCGCCCUAUUCCUAUUAGAAUUAUGAGCAUUGUUGCUGGGAAGGAGGCCGAAAAAACCAACGAAAUGUUAUGUCUGCUUGCCGAAGCUGUUCACAAGGGGGUUAACAACGAAGAUUGUGUGGCCCGAGUACUUCAGGGUAAUGUGAACCAAAAGGUUGACAAAAAGCAAGAAUCUGAAGCUAAACAACAGAAAGAAAAACCCAACACUGUGCAAAGUCCUAUGGAUAGUCAGAAGAGGGAAGUUAGAAAGAGCAGAAGAGACGAUAAUCGAGACGAGGUUAAAAACAAUAAAUCUGGAGGCGGGUCUUUAGCUGAUAGUGAUAAGAACUUUGGAACCAGCAAAAAGACUACCGCAGAAACAGUCAGUGUAGAAAAAGGAGAUAACGGAAGAGAAACUCGUAUGUCUCAAGACGCUAACAGUCGUGUAGCUAGUCGGUGUGAUUCAAGAACACUAGAUAAAUCUCAAGAAGAAUCUUCAACAGCUAUUCCUUCUAAUGCAGAAAUUUCAUCUCAGCAAUCUUUAAAACACCGACCAGUGUCUGCUAAAGGACAAAGAGUUAUCAAAGAUGCUCCACCAGACACGAAAAUCUCAGUGAAUCAAGGAGAAAAUAAACCGGAUCCAGUUUCAAAUCCUAGACUAGCUCCACCUCGUCCUAAACGUUCAACAGAUUUGGGAGUUGGAGACAGUCCAAAGCAAACUGGUAUGAUGGCUGGAUUGAUUAUCUCUGAAUCACAACAAGAUACAGAUGAAGAUGAGAAUGAAGAUUCGAAAUUUGUUAUUGAAGAAAUUGUCGGUGGAAUAUCUGGUGAAAUUUCAACAAAUCAAUGGAGCAAUAAAAUUGAAUCAGAAGAAAAUCAAGAACAUGGUGGUUUAGUGACUAAAAUUUUACAAUCAAAAAAAGAAUUUGAAGAUGCAAAUUUAAUUAAUAAAGAAAAAUCAAAAUUACAGACAAAAGGAUCAAAUGAAAUGGCUAAAGAAUGUGAAAAAGCUCUGCUAGAGAAAGAAAUUAAUCGUUUGUGUAAUUCACUUCAGUCAUUAUCACGUUCAGCUAUUCCAUUAAGUAAAUUAAUGGAUUUUAUACAAGAAGACUUAGAAACAAUGCAACAAGAAUUUGAACGCUGGAGAAAUGAAAAUAACUCACUUAAAUCACAGUUAAAACAACAAGAAAGUUUAACACAAUCAUGUAUAGAACCUCUGAAAGCGCAACUGGAAGAAUUAGAACAAUUUGAAAAGGAAAAAGAAAGAGCUAUCGCUAAAUGUAAAACUAAAAUUCUCCACAAUAACGAACGUAUAGAAAAUCUGUUGUUUAGAUCGUUAGAAAAAGUUUUCUGAUCAUCUGUAACUUUAAUUUCUGUUGAUUUUUGAUUGAG